GUGCCUCGUGCCCGCGUGUGAACUUGGGAGAUUAGAGUUAACGGAACAGGCAAGCGCUUGAGCCCAAAAGUCACCAGUGUCACAUGCUCAUGACUUCAUGUGUUUCACAUGUUCCUGCCAUGUAAUUGGUCAGUGGUGAACUGAAGCUGACUUGUGUCAUCUUUUUUUCUACUGUGUGGGCUGUGCUUUUCCAUCACAUCUGGGCUACUUGGUUGUUUUGACAUCAGAAUCACUUCUCACUUAGCUAGAGUGAACGUGCCUCAACUUCAGUGUGUUUUGCAUCGUGCACUUUUAAUUAGUUCAACAACUGUUCAUCAGUCUGACUCUUACCUGAACGUACAAAAUGUCUCUGAAGUCUGCAGUCACCAUUCUGGUCCUUGCCAGCAUGUUGUCCACAGCAGAUUUCCUCAGGUGUUACACCUGUGCUGGCAGUUACUGCACUGACACACCAACCGAGUGUCCUUCCGGUGUUGAUGUCUGCUUGAAAACAGCGACUGCUAUUGAAGGUGUAUACACAAAAUCCUGUGGCCACAAAUCUCAGUGUGAUGUGGAGAUACCUUUGAUAAAGGUGAAGACCUACUGCUGCUACACGGACCUGUGUAACGGUGCUGGGACGGUUGGGAAGAACCUGCUGCUCCUGCUGGUGCCCCUGGCCUCCAUCUUCGUGCUGUCCUAAACUGAGCUAUGGCCUGUAUCCUAUGAUGCAACAGGGAAGUAUGCUAAGGACCUGGCUUAUGCAAGAGGUAAUCCAAAUGAGUUAACCUUGAGGUAGUGGUUCAUCAUCUAAUACAGGGGGGUGGUGAACCUUUUUCAUUCGAGGGGCCACUUUUUACAAAGUCCUCCAAGGGCCGUACUAUGAACACUAACAAGGAUUUCCCCCUGCACUUUAGGCCUAUAUUGAAGACGACCACCUUUACAACAGACGAUAUGAUGUUCAUAUAAUUAAUGUGUUAGAUAAAUGAGAGCACUUAAUUCAUGUACAGUAUGUGACAAAACAAAAACAAAAACAAAACAAACAAAUAAACAAACUUCACAGUCCCUUAAGAAACAAAAUAUGGGUUCCAUAAGAAAAAGGUUGGGAAUCACUUGCUUAGACCUAGGGAGAGUUAACUCGAAGGAAGUAGUGAUGUUGCUAAAUGAGCUAUAUGAGAGCCUUGUGACUUACAAGUAUAACUUCUGCAAUUAACUACAACUACCCAUGAGUUAACUUACCUACUAUAGGUUCUCCAUCGCAAUACCGACCUGGAAUAUCCCCAACCAGCCUGGGUUAAAAAUGUAUAUUUUAUUUUUUGAACUAUUGUAUCUGUCAAACACUUCAAAUGCCUGCUUUUACAAUGUUAUACAAACAAUUGAUCACAGUUUAUUAAUCCUUUGAAUGAGCCCUGUUAUUCCACCUUUCCCUAUCAUUGUGUCUGUGCACAGUAAUUUUCACUUCAGACUGCAGAUUUGCACUGUUUCGUUCCUGUGGUCUACUCUUCAAUUUUGCACACUUAAAGAAAAACAAAGACAAUGUUGUUAAUUAUUUGUGUCGUAUUUUUCUAUUUGAAGGCUGUGCUUUUUUAAAGAUGGCUGUAAUAUCACACUACUAGUGUUGUAAUUACAUCUGUAAGAAUACUUCUACUACUACACACACAUUUGUUUUUGUUUGUUUCUAUGAUCCCCAUUGGGUGAAAAAGGUUCAAUGUUGUUCUGUGGUGCAUGGAAACAUGUCAAAAAUGUCAACACAAAAACAAAUGUUUACAUGGUGUAUAAUGCGAACUGUGUUAUUGAGCCAAAAAAAAACGCACAACCCCGCACACAAUUUGAUAGCGUCAUUGUGUAAUAGAAUUUGCUCUGUUUUUUACGUAUCUCUUUCAUAACAAAUAAAAGCUGUACCGUAGUUUUUGUGAAAA